UUAGCUGAAUCUCCAACCGGUCUUCUUCUGGUCUGAGGUAACGUGGAUGCGGCAGCCUCCGCGCUACCUUCCCUCCAGAUUCAGGCCGCUGGAGAACAGUGACCAAGAACUGCCACCUCCUAAUCCAGGGUGUUAAGCGACACCGUGCCUAUUGGACGGUUUGCAGCCAGGAGGGAAUAAUCCGGCUGUAUUAGAACGGCGCCUUUCCGACACCAGGCCGCAUCGGGGAGUAACGGUGGCCUUACCGCGACAAGGGGCGCUGGCGCGGCGGACUUUGAAGAUCCCCUUCAAAACAUUAGACUGCUGAGCUCGCCUCGUCGAGCAGGCGGUCGUACGAAAAAGAUGAGCACAACUACAAACAAAAAAACAACAAAAAACCAAAAAAACAAAACAACAACAGCAACUACAGCUACAACAACAGCAACAACAACAUCUACCACAGCACCCGCGCCACCAGCGGCGGUGGGCAUAACGGCAUCAGCAGUAACAGUAAAAGCUACAGGUACACCAGCAACGCCAAGCAGCAGCACGCUAGAAGGCUCUAAGAGCGCCAAGCGCAAGAGCAGCUUCUUGGACAAGCUGACAGUAGAAGAAGCAUCGCUGUUCAUCGAGCAUGCGAGGGAUGACGAACGGCCAGGCACCAGUGCAGAGGCGUCCUGUAGCAAGGCACGGGGCAAAAAAGAUCGGCCGCAACACCGGUCCGGCAGUUCUCUUUACAGGCACACAGUAACAGCGACAUCAGGAAGCAGCCACCGUACCGAGGGCAGUCACCGCUCCAACAGUCGGCAUCGCUCAAGCCGUCGGUUCAGCUUCGUCACGGUAAGACCGUGGAGACAAAAGGCGACAGGCAGCAAGGAGUCGGAGGCGCAGGAGACUCAAAUCGACGUGGUCGCCGGUUCCUCUGCUGCCCAGACGGCCGAGUCGACCUCGGGCUUACCGGCGGAGCAGCCACCACCUGCAGAAACACCAGCUCCCGCAAGCACGCUCGGGCAUACCGCUACCACCACCUCAGCGGAACACGUGCCCUCAACGCAGGAGCUGCUAUCAGGUUUGGACUUGAGGCGACUAGAGCUUGAUAAGCGGAACGAGAGCGAACUACAGCUCUCCGACCUGGACGAGCUCCACCUAUGA